AUGGGCCCCUGUACCGCCUCCUCAUGCUGCUGCCAGGCCCCUAAUCUGCCAUGGGCCCCUGUACCGCCUCCUCAUGCUGCUGCCAGGCCCCUAAUCUGCCAUGGGCCCCUGUACCGCCUCCUCAUGCUGCUGCCAGGUCCAGAGUCUCUCAUGGGUCCCUGUACGGCCUCCCAUUGCUGCUGUCUCCAUCGCCACACUCUGCCAUGUGCCACUUUCAGGUCUCCUCACACACUGCUGGUGUGUUCAAUUUUUUGACAUAGGGUGCUGGCAGAUUACGGGCCUCCCAUAGCUGCUGCCAGGCCCCUAAUCUGCCAUGGGCCCCUGUACCGCCUCCUCAUGCUGCUGCCAGGUCCAGAGUCUCUCAUGGGUCCCUGUACGGCCUCCCAUUGCUGCUGUCUCCAUCGCCACACACUCUGCCAUGUGCCACUUUCAGGUCUCCUCACACACUGCUGGUGUGUUCAAUUUUUUGACAUAGGGUGCUG